ACUCAAUUUCCCAAGAGCCAUCAAAUGCGGAACAUCCCACUGAAGGGGUGGGGAGUCAUAUGACAGGAGCAAAAUGGCUGCCGUCCAGUGGCACUCUCGUGUACGAAACUAUGAGGCAGAACUGCAAGGCUGUCGCCUUGAAUCCGUGCCCGUGGAGUUCGGUGAUUACCACCCGCUUAAGCCCAUCACUGUGACGGAGUCAAAGUCGCGGCGAGGAGGACGCAAAGGCAGCACUUCCUCCUCCUCUUCCUCCUCCAGCUCGGCCGCUCCGGACCCGCUCAGCUCCAUGCUGGACGGCACCGACCCGCUGUCCAUGUUCGCGGCGGCUUCUGUCGGAGAGGCGCCCGCCGCCCCGCACGGAGCCGGCUCUGGGGAGGCGGGGAGGAAGCGGAAGGAGAAGGAGGAGGAGGCGGGGGUGGGCUUGGACUUCGAACCCUGGUCUGCCAAGAGAGGAGAGAUCCUGGCCAGGUUCACCACCACAGAGAAGCUCUCCAUCAACCUCUUCAUGGGCUCAGAUAAAGGGAAGGCCCCGAGCCCAGGCUCAGCCGUGUCGGAGAAGGUGCGGACCCGACUGGAGGAGCUGGACGACCUGGAGGAGGGCUCCCAGAGGGAGAUGCUGAACCUUUCCCAGCAGGACUAUGUGAAUCGCAUAGAGGAGCUCAAUCAGUCACUGAAGGAGGCCUGGGCCUCUGACCAGAAGGUCAAAGCGCUGAAGAUCGUCAUCCAGUGCUCCAAGCUGCUCUCUGACACAGCUGUGAUUCAGUUCUACCCCAGCAAGUUUGUCCUCAUCACAGAUAUCCUGGAUACUUUCGGGCGCCUGGUAUACGAGCGGAUCUGGUCCAUGUGCUCUGACUCUCGGCUCCUGCCAGACUCCUUCUCUGCGGACGAUGUGAACGACACGGCCAAGGAGACCUGCCUCAACUGGUUCUUCAAGAUCGCUUCCAUUAGAGAGCUCAUUCCCCGACUGUAUGUGGAGGCUGCGAUCCUUAAGUGCAACCGCUUUCUCUCCAAGACUGGGAUCCAGGAGACUCUUCCGCGCCUCACGGCCAUGAUUCGAGGCAUAGGGGACCCCCUGGUGGCAGUGUACGCCCGAGCGUACCUCUGCCGGGUGGGCAUGGAGGUGGCUCCGCACCUGAAGGACAGCCUCAAUAAGAACUUCUUCGACCUGCUGGGCUCCUUCCGGCAGAUCCACGGAGACAGCGUGCAGAACCAGCUGGUCCUGCAGAGGGUGGAGAUCCCGGUCUACCUCACCCUGUACUCCCCUGCCAUACACUGGAUCCUGCAGUGUGUGUCCUACAAAGCCCCGGAGGCCCUGCUGACAGAGAUGAUGGAGCGCUGCAAGCAGAUAGGGAACAAUGCCUUGCUGCUGAACUCGGUGAUGUGGGCGUUCCGGGCGGAGUUUGUGGCAGCGAGGGCCACUGACUUCAUCGGCAUGAUCAAGGACUGUGACGAGGCUGGGUUCCCCAAGCACCUGUUGUUUGGGUCUCUGGGUCGCAGUCUGGCCUGUGCAGACCCCCCAGAGAGUGAGAGGCUGUCUAUUCUCAACGAGGCCUGGAAGGUGAUCACCAAAGUGCGCAGCCCACAGGACUACAUCAACUGUGCCGAGAUCUGGGUGGAGUUCACCUGCCGCCAUUUCACUAAGCGUGAGGUGAACACCGUGCUCUCUGACAUCAUCAAACACAUGACCCCGGACCGGGCCUUCGAGGAAGCCUACCCACAGCUGCAGUCGGUCAUAAGGAAGGUCCUCACCUACUUCCACGACUUCUCCGUGCUCUUCUCCAUGGAGAGGUUCCUUCCGUUCCUGGACAUGUUCCAGAAGGACAGCGUCAGGGUGGAGGUGUGCCGCUCCAUCAUGGAGGUGUUCAUAAAGUACCAGCAGGAGCCCACGCGUGACCCGGUCAUCCUGAAUGCUCUACUGCACGUCUGCAAGACCAUGCACGACUCGGUCAAUGCUCUAACUCUGGAUGAUGAGAAGAGGUCUCUGGCCCUGCUGAUAAACGGCUUUAUCCGCAUGGUGUCCUUCGGCCGGGACUUUGAGCAGCAGCUGAGCUUCUGCGUGGAGGCCCGGGCCACCUUCUGCAACCUGGAGCCCGUGAUGGUGCAGCUGAUCCAUACGGUGAACCAGCUCGCCAUGGAGACGCGGCGGGUGAUGAGGGGCAGUCACUCCCGCAAGACGGCCGCCUUCGUCAGGGCCUGUGCCGCCUACAGCUUCAUCACCAUCCCGUCUCUCACCAGCAUCUUCAGCCGGCUCAACCUCUACCUGCUGUCUGGGCAAGUGGCGCUGGCCAACCAGUGUCUCUCCCAGGCGGACGCGUUCCUAAAAGCGGCGGUCAGCGUUUUGCCGGAGGUGCCUCGCAGCAUCAGCGUUGAGGGCAAACUGCGCUCGUCAGAGGGCUUCCUGCUCGACUUCAUCAACAACUUCCUGUCCACCCUGCUGGUGGUGCCGGACCACCCAGAGCAGGGUGUGCUGUACCUGGUGCGGGGGCUGCUCAACAUGGUGCAGGACUACACCUGGGAAGAGAACAGCGAUGCCAAGGUGCGCGUCUACAUCAGCGCCCUGCCCAUCCUAGCAGCCAUGAGCCAGGAGAGCUACCUGUACUGCAUCCCUAAAGUGGACUCCAAUGAGACCCUGUACGGAGGGGACCCAAAGUUUGUAGCGGAGAUCAACAAGUUGUGCGAGACCCUGAUUGGUCAGGUGCUGGAUCACCUGAAGACCUUGGGGAGAGAUGAGGGCGUGCGCAGACAGGGUAGUUUGGCGUUCUCUCUGUUCGGCUGCCUGCUCGCUCAUGGUGAUUUGCGCAACAACAAACUCAACCAGCUGGCGGUCAACCUGUGGAACCUGAGCCACAAGCAUGGCUACUGCGACACACGCACCUCGGUCCGCACCCUGGAGUACAUCAAACACCAGGGCCUGCAGCCCAACAUGAGCCACAUCUCAGAGAUGGCUCAACGGCUCUCUCUGCAGUCCAGGGCCUGAACUGCAUCUGCCCAGCCUGCACCCACAGACCACCGGGCCUACAGGUCUAAUUCCACAUCACACCAGGACUACAGCUCCAAUCCCACAUCCCGCUAGGACUACAGCUCCCAUCCCACAUCCCGCCAGGACUACAGCUCCCAUCCCACAUCCCGCUAGGACUACAGCUCCCAUCCCACAUCCCGCUAGGACUACAACUCCCAUCCCACAUCCCGCUAGGACAUCCCGCCAGGACUACAGCUCCCAUCCCACAUCCCGCCAGGACUACAACUCCCAUCCCACAUCCCGCUAGGACUACAGCUCCCAUCCCACAUCCCGCCAGGACUACAGCUCCCAUCACUCAUCCCAGCAGGGCCGCAGCUCCAAUCCCAGCAUCCUCCACAAACUCUCCCUUCAGCCGGUUCCACGCAGGCAUGCAACACUUAAUCACGCUUACAGAGGACUGCCAGCGGCUCUUGAUCAGCGUUUAGACCAUAUUGUCGUAGAGAUGCACCGUCUUAAUCCCGCUGCCUGUUCAGUGUUUGUGUACUUGUGUACGCGUGAUUUUUUCAAAUCAGUCUUUGUACAAAUAAACCUCUCAUCUCUAACACAAGUCAAAGGACGAUUGGAUGUCCGGGCAUGAUUUGACUUUGCUGACUGUAAUGCCAUGCGUUUCACAUGGCGCGUCUUCAGAGGAAGGCAGGAAGAAGCAGUAACGUCCAAACCAGAGCAGCGGAGGACGUCGUGGAUUUUAAGUUAUUUUGUUAAAUUCAGAGUGUGGGGCUCCUACCACCGUGUGCCUGGUCCAGUGCCCACAGCGCAGGUGCCACUACAGUGAGGCUGUCAUCAGAGAGAAAUAGACCGUGGUCAUUUAACGGUGUACAGGACCUGACAGGCCUGGAAUCAUCAGACCCUGUGCUCCAGAACCACAGUCUGUUAUCUUUAGAAGUGGUACAAUGACCAAGUGACCAAUACAUUUCUCUACUUUGCACAACUGCUGAGGUGCACAAUGUAUGCCAUAGUACGAAUGAUUUGUGCUUAAAA